AUGACUUCUUUUUGUCAUUCACUGCAAGAAGCACCAUCUUCGAUUAUUCAGACAAUGACAGAUGAGUUUGAAGCGGUUUUGAUGGAGCUUCGGAGCUACUCGUUGGACACACUGGAGAGAAAAUGUGAAAAAAGAAGUAACACAUUUGCUACAGUGCGUGGAGAAGCCAAGAAAACGUUUUGCCGCUUACAGGAUAUGCCAAAGAAGUACGAAGUGCCUAUCAGCAAGAUUCAGAGAAGUAUUGACGAACUAAAAAACAGAAAUAAAGCGGAGGAUGAAGAAAAGGACGCCUUGGUACGACGUUUGAGCGAAUUUGACGAAGUGGAGCGCAAAAGAAAAGCUGAGGUAGAGAAAUUACGAGAAAAGGAUGAACUAAUGGAAGCCGUCAUUGAGUUGAAUAACGAAAAUAUAGACCUCAUAAACUCGGGAUUUCCAAUAAUCCAGAGGAUUGAAAAAAGAUUUCCUUGUCCUCAUCCGACACAAACCACUCAACACAAAGAGCAGGAGGUCUCACCACUAUUGUCUAACGGUGAAGUUCUCGACUGCUACAUAGUUAGCUGUCUUAUCAGCAUUGGAGGAUUCGGGCAGGUUUACACAUGCUAUCAUCGUCUCACACAUCAACGGGUUGCUAUCAAGGUAGAAUCAAUAACAGCGAGUAUUCCUCUUUUGAAAGGUGAGGCCACGUGCCUGCACUCCCUGAACUGUCAUCACAAUCCUUACGGUGAUGAGCCACGUGAACCAAUUCUACGUUAUCUUACAUAUGGCAGCACCGAGAGGCUGCGAUAUUUGGUAAUGGAUCACUGCGGUGCUAAUCUGCGAGAGCUGAAACGAGCUUCACCGAAUAGCAAGUUCAGCAUGACGACAUCGCUAUGGAUUAUGGAACGAAUGUUGUCCGCCUUGCAGUUCAUCCACUCCCACGGCUGGUUGCAUAGAGAUAUAAAACCGGCAAAUUUUUGUAUAGGAGAGAACGAAACGCGCAAAUUGUACUUGAUCGACUUCGGAAUGUAUUUUAUGAACAUUGAUGGGUCUUGUAAAAAGCGAAAGGCAUCAAGCCCUUUUCACGGAACACUUCGAUACGCUUCAAUAAACACUCAUAAUAGACAAGAUUUAUGCCGGUGGGAUGAUUUAUGGUCUGUGUAUUAUAUUGCCAUCGAAAAUAUGGCAGGGGCAUUACCAUGGCGAUUCAUUUCUGAUAGAAAGAAGGUUGCUGAAAUGAAGAUCAAUUGCGAAUACAAUACGCUUCAAUAUGGAGAGGAAUCGUCAAUGCCACAACCUCUUAGGAUGCUUGCCUAUCAUCUGUUUCAAUCUUACCGCGACCGAGAUUCAAGCUUUUAUACGGCACCACCUUAUGGCCGUAUCAUUCGUGAAGUGGAAUAUGAUUUGGAUCUGAGACAUUUCUACAAGAGUUCUCCACUCGAUUGGGAAACGGAACAACAAUCGACAUGCCCCAUGACCGAGGAGCACGGUGACUACGAAAGUGGAUUGAAGAAAAAUCUCAUGCCAGUUGAGCAACCUCUAUAUGAUUGCAAUGGCGAGCAGUCAUUUUACUGUUUCUAG